CGGUAUAUGAUAGACACAUUAGGACAAAUCACAAGCUACACUGCAGCCCAGCUUGGUGCUCAAUACCGUACUCACACUUUCUCGGCCCUGAUUGUGCACAAUUUUGCUUGCAUCAUCAGAUGGGACAGGGAGGGAGCCAUUGUUACUCACCCCUUCAAUUACAACAAAUAUCCACACUUAGCCAACUUUUUCCAUCAUUUU